UUUUACUCUGCCACAACCCACAUCCCAGCCCAGACCCGACCCGGUCGAACCAUCCACCCAAGCCAACCUUCGCCCACCCGUGCGGCCCCUUCGCCCUCUCCUCCCGAUCGAUCUUCUUUUCCCUCUCCACCCUUCUUCUUUCCUCAAAGUCUCGUGUCAUCUUUUCUCCGUCUGGUCUUCACAGUGGCCCACCAUGACGCCCUAAGUCUUUGGUUCUUUCUGGGUCGCGAAUUUCGUCGCUUUCAUCUAGCCGAAUUCUCGCAUGUGUCGCGAUCUCUCUGUCUUCCCCCGUUGGGUCGAUUUCACUCGGGCGCCAUCUUCCUCCCCCCCCGUGGGUGACGAACUGACUACACACCACCACCACAACCACCUUCACCACUACACACCACCACUACUACCACUCCCACCUCUCUCACCAUUGACCGAAUUCCUACCAUUCUCUUCGCCUUCUAAAUUUCCUUCUUACCUCUGUCGACUCUCUUCCACACCUGUGAGUGAAACAAUCCUGUGUGUUUGCGUGGGCAACUGCCUGUGUAUGCAGGUGUGGCGAUCGCAGCCAACCGCCGUCUGGAGGCGUGCAUGCGGUGCCGGUGCAAAAGAACCCGGUUGUCUCAGAAUGGGUUUUGGCUGGUCCUGCACGUUACCAUCAUUCCUCUCACCCCCCACAGGGUCGAAGGAUUAUCGCUCAUUCUCCUGCUGGACAGCUGCAGCCAACAAACUCAUUGUUCAACUGCGCGCACCCCCCUCGACGGCGGCUUGUCGCCGUCGCUCAUCUGCUUCGCUGGUCGCUGCACACUCUUCUUUCUCUUUUUGUCGCCUGCUCCUGUCGGCGCUCGCAUAUUCUGCAGACCGUUGCGUCCAGUCUCUGACCCUCGCUGACCCAGUCUAGAAACCGAUUUAGAACCCAACUGUAUAACGUCACCGAUCGCAAGUCUCUCCCUUUUCACUUCGACUUUCUCAACGCUCCUUCGCUCCUCUUUGUACCGUGUACCGGCCGUUCGUUCCUCCUUGAGAUUUCUCGACCC